GCUCCCUGCACCGGUCACUUCUCCUAGGUGGAGCUGGCUUUCCUGGAAUUGUCGGGCAGCUUUUCCUGUUGUGCUUGCUGCCUCUCUCUCUAUCUCUCUCCCUCUCUCUCUCUCUAUCUCUCUCCCUCCCUCUCUUUCCCUCCCUCUCUACUCUGUUGCUCAGUGUGAGCUGGUGUUGCCGCUGGAUUAGUGGGUUAUGGACAAUCAUGCCAUCUGGAUCCCCUGUCCUGAAAGAGGGGUGCUUUUCCUCUAAAUGCGCUUUCAUUUUUGGGGUCAGAAGUUCUUCAGCCAUCAAAAUGUCUAAGCAGCGCAAAGCGGGGCGAAAUCCAUCGAUAGCUGAUCAGCUUCCCUGGAUUUCGCUGACGACACCGCUUUGUUUCGCCUGAAGAUGGAAACACUGGAGUCGGAGCUGACCUGCCCAAUCUGUCUGGAGCUCUUUGAGGAUCCGCUGCUGCUGCCGUGCGCCCACAGCCUGUGCUUCCACUGUGCCCAUCGCAUCCUGGUGUCCCACUGCAUGACCAACGAGUCCGUGGAAUCCAUCAGUGCUUUCCAGUGUCCAACCUGUCGUUAUGUCAUCACCCUCAGCCCGCGAGGCCUAGAGGGACUCAAACGGAACGUCACCCUACAGAACAUUAUCGAUCGUUUCCAGAAGGCGUCGCUGAGCGGGCCCAACUCCCCGAGCGAGACGCGCCGCGAGCGCGCCGCCUCUUCCUCCGCCACCGACGGCCCCGCCAUGACCUCGCCCGGCGAGCGCGUGCAGUGCCAGUUCUGCGAGCAGGACCCGCCGCAGGACGCGGUCAAGACGUGCGUCACCUGCGAGGUGUCCUACUGUGACGAGUGCCUCAAGGCCACGCACCCCAACAAGAAGCCCUUCACUGGCCACCGGCUCAUUGAGCCGCUGCCUGACCAGCACCUGCGCGGCCUCAUGUGCCUGGAGCACGAGGACGAGAAGGUCAACAUGUACUGUGUCACCGACGAGCAGCUCAUCUGCUCGCUCUGCAAGCUGGUGGGACGCCACCGUGACCACCAAGUGGCCGCGCUCAAUGAGCGCUACGACAAGCUCAAGAGAGAGGCUGCCCGCUCUCCGAGUGAGGAGAGAGAACAGGAGGAAGCCGACCAGCAAACUCUGGAUUCUAAUCUUAGCAACCUGAUCAAGAGGAAUAAUGAGCUGGAGAGUCUCAUGGGCAAGUUGAUCCAGACCUGUCAACAUGUAGAGGUAAAUGCGGCUCGACAAGAGAACAAGCUUCUUGAGGAAUGUGAUGUCCUGAUUGAUAUCAUACAACAAAGGAGACAGAUCAUCGGCUCCAAAAUUAAGGAAGGGAAGGUUGUUCGUCUGAGGAAACUUGCACAGCAGAUAGCGAAUUGCAAGCAGUGCAUAGAGAGAUCCUCCUCUCUCAUCACUCAGGCUGAUCACACCCUGAAGGAGACAGACCAUGCUCGCUUCCUGCAGACCGCCAAAAACAUCUCAGAGAGAGUCUCUAUGGCUACAGCAUCAUCUCAAAUCCUGAUACCAGAAAUAAAUCUGAAAGACACAUUUGACACAUUUACAUUAGACUUCACCCGGGAGAAGAAAAUGCUGGAAAAUUUGGAUUAUCUCACAGCCCCCAAUCCCCCUGUAAUCCGAGAGGAAUUAUGCACGGCAUCUCAUGACACAAUCACUGUCCACUGGACAUCUGACGAUGAGUUCAGUGUUGUUUCCUAUGAACUGCAGUAUGCCAUCUUUACUGGACAAUCCAAUGUUGUCAGUCUGUGUAAUUCAGCAGACAGCUGGAUGAUUGUGCCCAAUAUAAAGCAGAACCACUACACAGUGCAUGGCCUGCAGAGCGGUACCAGGUACAUCUUCAUCGUUAAGGCCAUUAACCAGGCAGGGAACCGCAGCAGCGAGCCGGGCAAACUCAAGACCAACAGCCAGCCCUUCAAACUGGACCCAAAGUCUGCCCACAAGAAGCUGAAGGUGUCCCAUGACAGCCUGACAGUGGAGAGAGACGAGACGUCGUCUAAAAAGAGCCACAGUCAAGACCGGUUCAGCAGCCAGGGAAGCUACGGAGUCACAGGAAAUGUCUACAUUGACAGUGGCCGCCACUACUGGGAGGCUCUGAUUGGAGGGAGCACAUGGUUUGCUGUGGGCAUUGCAUACAAGUCUGCCCCUAAGCACGAGUGGAUUGGCAAGAACUCUGCCACGUGGGUGCUGUGCCGCUGCAACAACGCCUGGGUAGUGCGACACAACAGUAAAGAGAUGCCCAUCGAGCCGUCCCCACACCUGCGCCGUCUGGGCGUGCUGCUGGACUACGACGCCGGCUACUUGUCCUUCUACGACGCCGUGGGCUCCCACCACCUCUACACCUACGACAUCACCUUCAUUCAGCCGGUGUGUCCCGUCUUCAACGUGUGGAACAAGUGUUUGACUGUCCUCACGGGACUGCCCAUUCCCGACCACCUGGAGACGACAGAUUCUCAGGACUAAGAAAAGAUCCAGAAGUCUCCAGCACCCAACUCACUGAAUGCUCUUGCACAAAAAGACUGUGUGCUUCACUCACCACAGAAAAGACUGAUGCCCCUCCAGCUGUACAAAGUAGAUGAUGAAAAUAAACAAAGCCUUUAUUUCAAUCAUUCCUAAAUCAUACUCCUAUGGUUCAUUAGUUUCUGUAGAGAAUAUUAUUUAUUUAAAUGGAAAAACAAGCAAUUACACUUAGAAAUUGUUUUGUUUUGCUUUGCACAUCUUCUGUGUUUAUGCUUAGCUUAUUUCAGCCCCACAGGAAGGCAUUUUGCAUAGCUCUAUUCAAGUCAGCUAAUGUGAAAUCACUAAUGAGAUGCUUUUAUUUGUCUCUCACAUUCACAUGAUUUUGUCUGUUUGUUUAUCCAUGGUCCUGUGUUUAUGGGCUACUUCUACAGUUGUGGCACACGUCUUCAUCUCUACAAAACUAUCACUAAAGUCAUGAUUAUUGCAACAGCAGCUUCUGUAUGUAAAAAAUGAAGUGUCAAAUGAACUCUCUUUAUUCAUUUUGGACUCAGGUGAUGAUUUCUUAAACUCAGCUUGAAAGUCACAGUUUGUCAUUUGGUAGUUUUAUAUUGGAACAGUUCACAUACAUUUUAAAAUCCUGAUAACAGAUUAUGUUAAAACUGUGUUAGUAAAAGAGAUGACAGAAAAAUAUGACCAUAUUAGGCUUUCCACACAUGUCACUUAUUGCAGCUAAUUCUUAAAAUCAAAAAUAUUGCACUAUAUUAAAAUUUCGCUUUCAA